GCUGGGGCCUCAGCUGUACGCAGAGUUCGAUGGUACACCUGUAGUUGUACAGGUGGCACAGACAUCACCUGACGUGUCAAAUCAGGUUUUGACGUCACCUGGCGACGUGACAACACAGAGUCAACAGUUAGAAGAGCAGAAAAAGGCUGUUUAUAGGCACCCGCUGUUUCCGCUGCUGGCGCUCAUCUUUGAGAAGUGUGAACACGCGAUGCAGACGUGUGAACCGACGACGGCCGACACGUUCUCCGUCGACAUCCAGGCGUUCGUUCAGAAGCAGGAGCAGGACCGCAAACCCUUCUUCAGCGAGAGCGACCCCGAACUGGAUGCGCUGCAGCAGGAGAGGGAGCAAAUCUUCAGUGGUGACCCUGAAGGCGACACCCUGAUGGUGAAAGCAAUACAGGUGUUGCGUAUACACUUACUGGAGCUAGAGAAAGUCAAUGAACUAUGCAAGGACUUUUGUAACAGAUACAUCGGUGUAUUAAAAACCAAAAUGCAGACACACUUUCAAAACGAGAACAUCUUUAGGCCAGACUACCUUCCAAAUUGUCUGCAAGAAGAGUUGAAUGCAACCACACCAGUUCUGCCGCCGUUGUCGACGGCAACAGCGGCGACGGCUCCACAGACGAGCAGCGCGAGCGUUGUGAUACAGCAGCCGACCGUGUCCGUGGCAACGAUCAACCAAGGACAGAUCGUCUCCGGUGGCACGGUCUAUCAGAUGGUGCAGACUCCGCAAGGAAUUGUUGCUCAACCGAUACAGAUUCAGACGGCGCCGCAAGUUAUACAGGGCAGUACGCCGAUCUCGCAGAUAGGAACGUCAUCGAACGCCGCACAGACGCUGGACAACAACAGUAACGUUACUGCGCUCA